UUUCUAAUACUUGAAAAAGCAAGGAAAAAAAAUAAAAGGAAGCAAAUAAUCUUUCAGGCUUCCUUUAUAUAUUCAAAAUAAGGGGAAAAGGGGAGGCAAAGGCAAUUUAAAUAAAUCUUUAUUAUAAACUGAGCAUAUAUUUAUAUUGGAGCCAAAGAGAGACAAUAAACAUGGAGCCCUUUCCCACGAUUUGUACAAAGUCACUUUUCAGAGCAGAACUGCACUUUAACACAAGCUAGAACGAGAUUUCAACAGCAACCGUCCAGCUGCUGUUGUGAAAGCAAGUAUUGGACACACUGGGACUUGCCCAAGAAUAAUUUCAGGGCGGAACAGACAAAGAAAAAGAACGUUGACCUUUUGCUGCCGCUUUAACCAACGCAACAAACACUCCCUUCCUAAGCCACAGAGCAUCGGAGGACCAAAAACUGAAUCCAGAUGCAAAUUUACCGCACGCACCCCACCACACCCCAAACGCCAAAGGAUCUGAAUCUUAAGAAUGUGCGAAUCCAGCUGCUGUACUAUCUGAUUUGCUCUCAGGUUUGCCUUCUCCUGCAUCUGUCCCCCAUGGCAGCGUGGUCCCGUGAGGCAGUGCUGAACCUCUAUCGUGCUCUGCUGCGCCAGGGCCGUGGUCUACGCUACACCGACCGUGAUUUCUACCUCGCCUCCAUCCGGCGUGAGUUCCGCAAGAACCAGCAGCUGGAGCGGCUUGAAGACAGAGAAAGACAACUGGAGAAGGGACAGGCCUUUCUGCACAAUAGACUGGGAGGGUUGGUUUAG